AUGUCGAAUCGUAAUUAUCUUGAUGAGAAUACAAUUCGCGAGUCUGCUCAAGAAAGUGAUAAUAGCACAAGCAAUACCUAUGAGCAAAUGGUAAUGGAUGCGGCGAGUCUGAUUUCUUUCGAGGAUGUAAUGGAGGAGCCUCCAAAUCCAUCACUCAAAAAUUUCAUUGUCACUCCUUACAAUUUGCCUCCUUGGUUAUGUAUGAAGGAAGAGUAUAUGUUCCUAACGGUAAUAGUUCUGGUCAGAAACCCAAAAGACAAAUUGGAUGUGUACUUACAGCACCUUAUUGCAGAGUUGAAACUGUUGUGGGAAGUUGGAGUUGAGACAUAUGAUGCUUCAAAGAAGAUUAAUGUUAAUAUGAGGAUGAGAAUAACGGUUGCAAAGCAAAAACACGGGUUGGAAGAGACGGAGCAUUUUUGGGAUUUGCCAUAUUGGAGUACUAACAUGCUUCGCCACAACUUGGAUGUCAUGCAUAUAGAGAAAAAUGUAUUUGAAAAUAUUUUUAAUACUGUGAUGAAUGUUGAAGGGAAGACGAAGGACAAUGCAAAAUCAAGGGAAGAUUUGAAAGAGUUUUGUCACCGACCUGAGUUAGAGAGGGAUAUGGCAACAGGAAAGUAUCCUAAAGCAUGUUACACAUUAGACAAACAAUCAAAAACAGUGUUGUGUGAAUGGCUUAAAAAUCUUAGAUUCCCAGAUGGUUAUGUGUCAAACAUGGGUAGGUGUAUAGACAUGCGAAAACUAAAGUUGUUUGGGAUGAAAAGCCAUGAUUGUCAUGUCUUUAUGCAAAGAUUACUCCCAAUAGCAUUUAGGGAAUUGCUUCCAAAAAAUGUGUGGCAAGCAUUGACCGAAUUGAGCAAUUUCUUUAGAGAGUUAACUUCAACAACACUUAGAGAAGAAGCCAUGUUACAACUCAAUGAAGAGAUUCCUAUUAUAUUAUGUAAACUAGAGCGUAUAUUCCCUCCAAGUUUCUUUGACUCCAUGGAACAUCUCCCAGUGCAUUUGGCUUAUGAAGCAUGGAUUGCUGGUCCUGUGCAAUAUCGGUGGAUGUAUCCAUUUGAGAGGUACCUUAGGAAGUUAAAAAAUAAUGUGAAAAAUAAAGCCAAAGUGGAAGGUUCCAUAUGCAAUGCAUACUUAGUUGAAGAAGCAUCGUUAUUCUGCGCUCAUUAUUUUGAACCCCAUGUCAACACAAGGCAUCGAAAGGUUCCACGCAAUGAUGAUACAGUCGAACAUAUGGAUGAACAUCUAGGGAAUCUAUCAAUUUUCACUCAUUCCGGUAGGCCACUGGGAAAAGGAAAGGUUAGAUAUCUCACAGAACAAGAAUUUCAAGCAGCACAAAUGUACAUCUUGUUGAAUUGUAUAGAAGUAAAACCGUACAUUGACAUUUUUGUUAAUGAGUUACACAUGGCCAAUCCAAAUAUCAAUGAUAAACAAGUUGAUGAGAAACUAGAGCGUGAAUUUGACAAGUGGUUCAAUAAAUAUGUUCACAAUCCCUCCAACAAUAUAUCAAGCCAGUUUUUAAAGGAUCUAUCAAAGGGUCCAUUAAGAAGUGUUAUGUCCUACAAUAGUUAUGUAGUUAAUGGUUAUAAAUUUCACACUAAAAGUCAUGGUUCGCAUAGGGCAACAAUGAGCGAUGGGCUUUCAGUGAAUUAUUCCAUAUAUCCAAGCUUAAAGCGUGACAAGGAUGAUUGGUGGGCCGUGUUCAAAAUCAAAGCGAGAUCUGUUAUUGAUCUUCCUGAGCAAGUGAAUGUGACAACCCCCCCUGCGCGGGAAGAACCAUUUCAAGAAGAUGAAAUGGAAGAUGUUGAAGAUGAAGAAGAGCUUGAGUUGGACUCAGAAAGCGAUGAGGAAUGCGAUGAUGAUGCGAGGCAACGGUCGCGAGGGAGGGAGGUCGACACGGAUCCGGAGGGUCUCUGCUUCAACACGAAUCGAGCUACACCUCCACCUCCACCGCCACCACCUAUUACCCCAUCUUACGAGCACGCAAUUGGAUCAACCUCUGGUCAUGAAGGUCAUUCGGUUGGGGCAGCACCAAUAUCAUCAAUGGAUGGCCUAUCACUCAAUACAUUUGGAAGAAAGAAACGAAUAAAGCUCAUUAAUGGCGCGUUACAUCCAUCCGAGGAAUGUGCUAAGAAGAUGAAGAAUAUCUUCAAGGAGAGGAUGGACCCGGAGAACCUUUGUUGGAAAACUAUCACGCUGAAACAAAAGAGUUUCUUGGGAUGA